AUGGCAUUUGAUGCUAAUGGUUUGUCAAAUUUAGACAGUGAAUAUCCAAAAGCAGAAAGUGCUAGACCGUUUCUAAAACUCUUCAAUGAACAGAAAUUUAGACCUAGAACAGCUAUUUUAACAGUAGAUCUUAGAAAUAAAUAUAAACGAGAAGGUAAUAUUGUGGGUAGUAAUUGCGUGAAAUUAUUAGGCAAUUCCUUGUAUGGUAAAUCUAUUCAGAAGGAUAGAAACACGAGAAAUCAUUUGUGGAACGAAGUAACUUUUCAGACUAACUAUGAAAAAAUUAAUGAUACUCAAUAUUUAGUAGAGACAGAAAUUGAAGAAAAAGAGAUUACUGCUGAAGAUCACUCAACUAAAUCUACAGGAGUAACACCUAGUCAUUUGGGAUCAUUCGUUUUAUCUCACAGUAAAAAAAUAAUGAAUAAUUUCAUUCAUGUAAUAAAUGGAUUUUAUCAACCUGAAAUAUACUAUACCGAUACUGAUAGUUUAUACAUUUCAUCUAGAAAUUGGGAUAAAUUAAAUCGAGCUGGGUUGGUAUCUGAAAAUGAAUAUUGUAAAGGCAAGAAUGAUUACGGUGAUGGUGGAAUCAUAUUUGGUUUAUAUUUAGCGCCAAAAGUCAAAUAUAAUAUCAUUCUAACUUUUGAUGGUGUUUUAAAAGAAAAGAAAACGUUUAAGGGUUAUUCUAAUAAUAAGACAAGUAUAGAAGAUUAUAUUCAGUUGGCUAGUGGACAUGAUGUGUCGAAUGAAUUUAAUAAAAGAUGGGAAAGGAGUUUCACGAAUGGAGUAGCUAUUCCAAAGGAUGAUGAUAAACAAAAGAAAGGUUUUAGAAGUUAUUUGAAUCUUGUAAAGAGAAAACCACCAAACAGUGAAGGAAUUAUGUUUCCUUAUAGUGAUAAAGAUGAGUAUAGUUUUGAUGAAAACUAUGAAUUUGAUGAUUUCGAUUACAUAUAUAUUUAA